UCUUAUCCAAUCGCAUGAAACAGCUGGCAUAUUCAUUAAAAGAAUUCAAUUUCGAGUGCAUCGGCACGGCCCAAACCGAUGAUGAAUUGGUCAUCUGUGAGAGUCUAAAGCAAUUUGGUGAUAUUAUCAGUAUGAUAGAGGAUGAACGGGAGAAAAUGUUGACAUUAGCCGAUGAACAUAUCAUUGAACCUCUGGAGGAUUUUCGUAAGAAGCAAAUUGGCGGCGUCAAGGAGAACAAGAAAAAGUUCGAUAAGAAAACAGAAAAAUUCUGUCAAUCACAGGAACGCUUCCUAAAUAUGUCAACAAAAAAGCCAGAAAAUACAAUACAAGAGGCCGAUGCCAGUUUGGGUAUGCAUGAACGUGAAUAUGUCCAGGAAUCAUUAAGCUAUGUUCUGCGCAUACAAGAAGUUCAGGAACGCAUCAAAUUUGAAUUUGUCGAAAUUCUGUUGGCUUUCAUUUCCAGUUGGUUAGUCUUCUAUCAUACGGCACAUGAAUCGGCGGAAGACAACAAAGAUUAUUUGCAGGAUUUAAGGCAUAAAGUACAGAAAACUCGCGAAAAUUUUGAAGGAACGCGAGAAAAUAUUACUGAACUUAAAUUGAAAUACAUGGAAAAGAGAACAAAACCCGAAGAAAAGUUUACAAAACGCGGUUAUCUAUUUUUGAUGGAAAAAAAACCCUUCAAGGCAACAUGGACAAAAUAUUAUUGCACCUACAAAAAGCAGAAGAAGGAGUUUACUAUGCUACAAUUCAAUCAAAUGAAUCACAGUUUUGCUAGACCCGAACACAGAGAAGAGGAACGUCUAACACUAGUAUCGUGCCAAAGAAGAGCAUCUGAGUUUGAGAAAAGAUUUUGUUUCGACUUGACAUUCAAGGAGAAACCAGGAACUGUCUAUACAUUCCAAGCUUUAAGUGAAGAGGAUCGUAGAGCGUGGAUAAACGCCAUGGAUGGAACAGAGCCGACAUAUUUAGCACCGGGCAAAAUAAAGGCCGGCGAAGAAUACCAGUUAGAUGAGGUGGGUUUUGCAUUUGUACGCAAAUGCAUUGAAGUCCUGGAGAGUAGGGGACUGGAAGAUGAGGGCAUAUAUCGCAAAAGCGGUGUGGGUACCAAAAUAUCGAAACUUUUAGCUUUGGGCAUGGACCGCAAAAAAGCUGAGUCAGUUUUUACCGAAGAACAAUACCGCGAUCUCAUGGAGAGUAAUACAAUAGCCAGUGCACUUAAGACAUAUUUGCGCAACUUAAAUGAACCAUUGAUGACGUAUCGUUAUCAUAGCGGUUUCAUUGAAGCAGCCAAACAAGAAAGUCUUAAUCAACGUGUUCACGAAGUCCAUAAAUUGGUUUAUAAAUUACCCCAACCAAAUUUUGAAAUGCUUGACAUGGUCAUCAGACAUUUGACCGAAGUCUCUCGCAAAUUCGAGAAAAAUAAAAUGUCUGUAUUUAAUUUGGGCGUUGUAUUUGGUCCAACAUUACUGCGACCCCAAGAAGAAACCGUGGCUGCCAUAUUGGAUAUUAAAUUCAACAAUAUUGUCAUCAAUAUUCUUAUUGAUAACUAUGAACGUAUUUUCAAAAAUGAUCCCAGUACGGUUAGUACACACCUACAAAAUAAUUCCAGUAGUCCUCCGGUCAGGGUGCCACGUUCCAAUCAAUCGAAACAGGCCAUCUUAGCCGGAGGUGGUGGUGGUUCGGUGGGACGAAAUUCCAUGUACUCGCCACAACAGCAAGUCUAUCGUGUAGUGGCCAAAUCGAAUUUCACCGAUUCACCCAUGUCUUCGAGUCUUCAAAACAUUCCAAAUGGUAUGAUUUAUGGUACUAGUGGUGGCGGCGGCAGCGGCGGUGGUAGCACUAAUGUCAUUACCUCGAAUGGCACCAAUGGUGGUCAUAUGUCAACACACACCUCAAACGGUGGCAGUAGUGGUCCCAAGAGUUUGGGCAUGUCCGUCAAUAUGGGCAGUGUUAAAAAUCUACAUUCAAUGUCGCAGAGCGAUAUUAGUAUGCGUCGUAAUAAUGCAAAUGAUCCUGUCUAUGGCAUUUUGUCGUCGAACACAAACGGUGGUCUGACAGCCCAUCAUGCUACACCGGCUAAUGCGACAAAUCUACGGCACGAUUAUUUAAUGGCGACAGCAACACCAGCCUCCACAUCCAUAUACGGUACUAAUACCACGGCAAAUCGCGUUAGCUUAAAUAAUGUCUCACCACCAACACUGGCCAUGCGUAAGGAAGCAUUAUAUGGUGGCAGCACCGGUGGUAUUGGCUCUACUGGUAAUGGACCACAACAACAUCCGCCCGUACAGCUGCAGCGCAGCAAUCAUCUGCCAUAUGCCCAAAAUAAACACUAUUCUUCAGCCGCCGCUGCCUCCACAUCGAGUUCCAACGAAAGUGUUUGUGAUUCCCUGUCAUCAACGAAUGGUGGCAGUGGUGGUGGAGGUGGAGGAGGAACAGGAGGGUCAAGUCGUUUCUUAUCCGCCCGCGGUUCCAUAGAUUAUGUGCCACAUUCCUCACAAGCCACAUCAUUGUCAACACUGCUGGGAUCGCAGGUGGAUGAUGUGGUUACAGCAACAGCUGCUCCUUCUAUGAUAGUGGGCAGUACGGGUAGUUCACCCAAUGAAUAUACACCACAGAAAAUGCACCGCAACAAAGAUGUCAAUCAAAUUAAGAGAGAUUUAGAAGCGGGUACAGCGCGAGUGCGAACGUUAUACGCUUGUCUGGGUGAAAGUGAGGGUGAACUAUCAUUUGAACCAAAUCAAAUUAUUACGAAUGUUGGCUUUUCACACGAACCCGGCUGGUUGCAAGGUACAUUAAAUGGUAAAACUGGACUUAUACCCGAAAACUAUGUUGAACACUUGAAACCAUACCAUUAGUCAUGUAAGUCUAAUCAUCAAUUAUAUUUAGAAGAUGCGCUUAGUAAUAAUUAAUUGAAUUAUUUAUAAAGAAAAUUCCAAA